UCAAACUUUGCUUGUGCUCCUGUUGCUUGUGCGAUGGUGUGGCCUCUUCGGGUCGUAUGGGCUCAGGAUGUUCCGUGGAAGCAGCACGCUCUCUAGACUGUCAGUCGUGCAAUUCAUGCGUUGAGAAUGCCAAGUUAGAUGCCAGCCACGUUUGGUCGCACUGGGCUCAGGAUGUCAACUUCAAGCCUCGAAACACGAAGGUGUUGUGUCGGAUUGAGGGGCUGCGUCAGCCGUGAUGAGGAGGCUUGGGACGCGCUGGCUACCCCACAUCCGUUGAUGUGCAGCCGCCAGGAGGAACCAACACCUCGUGGUCCUACGCCCCCAUGGGCAGUCGCGGCGUCGGAGCACCGGAUUGACAGAACCUCGACCGGUGCAACCCCGCCAAGGAUGCUUGCUCCAACACGGCUCUCGCCACCUGGUCUUCCAGAGGAGCUGGACCAAAACCACAAUCAACCAGCUCUGCUGAUGGCGCUUGGACUGAACUUUUCUCGGGAGAUUUUCCGGGCUGCCCGGCUGGGUGACGUGGUUGUCCUGGAAAAGCUGCUGGAGGAUGCUUACCAAGCCCAAAAUGCUGACCGCCAUGUCAGGAAUGUAGUCGAGCGCGAGGACAUUGCUAUGCUUCUCAGUCUUGCCAGAGACUGCAGCACUGGGGAGACGUUGCUUGGUGCAGCAGCAAAACACGGUGAGGCUGCAGCCGUGCAGCUGCUCCUUGUCAACAUGGCAGACCCGCUGGUCUGUGACAGCCGUGGUCGCAUGGCGCUACAUCGAGCAGCAGAAGGUGGCGACGUGUUGACAGCUUUGCUCGUGUUGGAUCGAGUGCAAAGCAUCAACCGCUACGCAAGCUUAACGGAAUUUGUUGACAAUGCUGGUGACACUCCGGGGACGCUGGCUGCAGUCGCUGGCUGCAGUGCUUUGUGCACCGCGUUGGAGGUGUUUGGAGACAUGCAGCUGGAUGCGGAGCAGCAGUACUUUGGCCAACUGGGACGACAAGGAGUCUAUGGAGGCUUGCUCGCCCCUGUGGAACUCGCGACGUCUUCUCCGUCAAAGCAAGACAUGAGGCUGCUGCAUCAGGCUUCAGUGGGUACCUGCUUGAUUGGCCAGCUGUGGAUGAACAUCGAGGAAGGGCCUGGAUUGGAGCAGGUGCUUGAUGAGGCAUUUGCUGGUCUACAGAAGGCCGAGGACCUCCUGCUAUCGACUCGUUGGACGCAGUCAAGGUCGGACGCGAGUUUGAAAGCGCUCGCCAAGACUUUGGACCUGAGAGUUCGCUGGCAGAGGAUACGGCUGGAUGCAUCGAAGCUUGCGGAGACAGAGGUUGAGGAGUUCUGGCACACGCACCUCAGCGCAAAAAGGAUGGCACAGCUGACAAGAGCACCAGGUAGCCUUCAGCAACUCUACCUGGGCGUUCUGUGGCUUUAUACCAGGGAGUCGUGGCUGCCUCACGUCCUAGAAGCAAUCGCAGGUGCCUUGCGCGGAUGCGAGGAGGAUGGCAGUUACCUUUUUGCGUCGCCCUUUCCGAUGAAGGAGUUGACCGAGGCGCUGUCGCCCCUAGCGCAACUGGUACAAGCUGCUACCUGCUUUUUCCGCUGCAAUGGAGUGCGACACGAAGGUGUUACUUUCCGGCCUUUGGUCGUCCCUUCCACAGGUUUGCAGGACCUGAUUGACAAGUACUUGGCAAACAAAGAUGACAGCAAGAAGGCCAACGAGGCUUGGGCUGGCUCAUGGUUUGCUUUGGGCAGUGGAUCCUUCCCAACGGCAUUUGCUUCUCGCUGGGAUGCUGGCAAGCGGCUUGUGCAGACCAACUCCAAUGUGCUCUUGGCAAUCCAGCCGGACCUGAAGUCUCCCAGCUACCCAGAGCACAUGGCGCUCAGAGGUGGAGGCGAUGAUGUGAUCUAUCCUGCUGGUACACUUUUUCGCCUCGUGCGACUGUCCAGAACAACAAGCUCAGACCUUGAACCACAGGCCUGCCCAAAAGGCUCCCAGAUGCAGUGGCCUGUCACCGUGGUCGAGCUCAUGGCAACUGAUCCCCGACCCGAGGCCUUCUUGCUGCUGGAAGACUGGAAUGGUCUCGACCCUGGGCAACUCGAGGCGCUAUUGGCAUCAUGGGCUGAGGAGAUCUCAGGUGUUCAGCAAGAACGACUGGAGCAUGCCAUGUCGUUGCUUGUUCGUGGUGGGCGGUAUGAAGCAGCUGGUGUACUUCGUGAGAGGCUGAGGCAGCUUCAAGAUGGCGACCUUUGUGAUGUCAGCAUGGAGGACAAAAUCGUGACGCAGUCGAUGGAACGACACCCUUGGCUUAGGAAGCAGGAGAACGCUGUCCAUCAUGGAAUCUGAGCAGCUGCAUUUAAUAGGUUUUGCUUGAAGGGCAAAAUACCACGUGU